AUGGCUUGCGUGAAAUCCUUGCUGGUCUUCGCUCUUGUGAACAUUGGUCUUGCCACAAACAUUCGAGGAGCAAGCCAGGCAGAUGACCUCAUUGAGCAAGAGGAAGUUGAUGAGCCCUCGUUUCCAAAGAGCUUGCUCGGGGGCAAUGCGGUCCUAGGCAUGGACCAGGACAGGCACACAAAGAUGUUGGUGCAAGUGAAGGCCACGGACGACAUUGUUGACGCCUGUGAGGACGUUGUGUGUGGAGAGCUCAAGUGCCCAACCGGCUUCACUGCAACGAAGUAUGAUGGCCAUUGCUGCGCGUAUUGUGUCAAUCCUAACAUCAAGAUUGAGCCCAAGAUUGUUGGAGCCACCGGCAAAUUUGGUGCAGAAGAGAGCGACUUCUGCCCCUACGUGUGGUGCUUUCCGACCAUGUGUGAGAAGGAAGAGAUCCCCGCCACAGCUGAGAAUGGCCAGUGCUGCCCUGUGUGCCCCAAGUAA